CCCAUCUCGCUCCCAUGCAUACUGCAAGCUCCCUCCAUUAUUUUGGUUGCAACUAAUAACAUGCGAGUACCUCAGUUCCACGUACGGUGAUCGUCGUCUCCCAUGGCAUCGAAUUCACAACCUACAACAACAACAGGGGCCGGAGGAAGGAACGGACAUGGAGACAAGGAGGAGGCCGAGCAGACGCCGCCGCCGCCGGAGGAAGCAACGACGGUCGGCGGCGGCGACGGAGUUCAGUUCGUGAUGCCUGAGGACGGGUACGAGUGGAAGAAGUACGGGCAGAAGUUUAUCAAAAACAUCCAGAAAAACAGGAGCUACUUCCGGUGCAGGGAGCAGCGGUGCGGCGCGAAGAAGAAGGUGGAGUGGCACCCGCACGACCCCAGCCUCAACCUCCGCGUCGUCUACGACGGCGCGCACCAGCACGGCUCCCCGUCGGCCGCCGGAGAAGAAGGUGGCGGCGGCGCCACCGCCAACCAGUACGACCUGAGCACGCAGUACUUCGGCGGUGGGCCCCGGUCGCACUGAUCGAGUACGUUCGCUCGUCAUGACUGCCGGCGACCGGCCGGUGCUGUCCCUGUAGCACGGCUGUGCGUCUCUCUCGCCGGAGUAACUAGCUAGCGGAGACGCCGCGGGAGGGCCCCACGGCGUGACGGCGGCGGCGGCGACGACGACGACGACGACCGGCUGGAUGAUGCCCGCCGGCGGCCACCGAUCGAUCAGAUGCGUACGUGUUUGCAACUUGCAAGUGGGGGGUUGCCUGCCGGUACGUAUUACUACGUGUGCAAACGUGACGUUGACCGGCAAUAUUUGGUAGUCAACGGUGUUGGACGCUAGCGGUGCACGGCGUGACGCUUAGUAGAAUUAAGCACCUGACGCUAGGAGCUUAGCUGUCACGACUAGUGAUUAGUACAACCCAUUUCAACGUAUUACACAUUUAUACUCCAGUUUGUUCGUUCAGAUUUAUUGUAUUAUAAUUAAUCAAAUCUCAUUCUACAUAGCUAGAUUUUGAAACAAAGAAAGUAUCAGGGAAUAUAUCUGUUACAUACCAUG